AUGGCUGUCUCGUUUCGGCAGGAGAAACCAUUUACUCAAAGAGCGAGUAUCCAAUGCACUUCUGCUACGCGCACGAAGACACUGAUAGUCCGGUGGAGGCUUAUGGGAUUUUGUUAUACGACUCAAUGUGCAGAUGAUUCACGUUCAGGUCGUGACCUUUCUCUUCUGCUGAAAGAAUGGCGGACGAUGACAAAACCCGAAGAAGCCGACAUGCCCAUGGACUUCACGUCUUGUACUCGAUCAAGGCACGAGAAACAAUGGUAA